UGCAUCGAGAACCCCCAGAGGAACGUGCGACAUCAAUCCCAAGAUAAGACAGUUGCUCAAUUCUCGCGACACACAUCGUGAAAUUAACUCAUACUAUUGUUGUUCUCUCAGUGAUUGCUCUCAUCUGGCUCGAAGUGUUCACGCUGCGAUGCACUGAUUGUCGGUGAUAUUAAUGCAAAGUAAAAGUGCAAAGCUUUCACCUUUUAUUUCCGUCAGAUCCUCCAAUUGACAGUUGGACAAUGUGGAAUCAUUGCGCGACACUUGUGACAAUAGAAAAAAAUAUGAAAUAUAAUGACUGCAGAUUUUCAAGCUAGUUACACAUGAUAAUAUUCCGAAUCACUUUGACAAACUCACUGUCUUUAUAAACCGCAUCCGAAGCACGACACACGCAGUCUUGAAUCAGCCGCUUAACACUGUCCAUUCAUUUUGAAUGAAUAGGAUGCAGCUCUUCGGUAUUGCGAUCUUCGGGAUUGUCAUGAGCCUCGUGUCGGUUGAAAGUGGUGCAAAUGUGGUUUUUGAAAAACAGAGUCGACAAGAGUCGAGACCAAUUCUCAAGGAAAUAAGACAGGAGUUGAUGCAAAAAUCGAGGAGCAAUCAGAUACUCAAUUUGAAUUUAUCCGCUGUUCUGCUUCUCCUACUCUUGAAAGCAGCUGCACUCGGUGCAACAUAUCUCGGGAAUUACGACCGCUACAAAGGCCGGAAAUUCCGGGAAGUAGAUAAUCUCGUAUCUGCGGACGAAAUGACAUUGGCACUUGGAUAUCUGAUCGGUGACAGUUGUCUGUACCGCGCAGCAUGCGAAGUGCCAGAAACAGCGAAAGAGUACCUGGGAACAAUCGACAUGAUCACGGAAGCCAUGAAAAUAAUUCCUCAAACAUCUAUUGACAAUAAAUACGAGAAAAAGAUAUCAGAGUUCCGCAGAGCGAUUGAAUACGGAGAAUUAAACAGCUGUCCGGCUGAAUAUACUUGCCAAAAGGAAAGCACCGACUAUCUACAGCCUGAGUGAGAGCGAUUUU